CGCACAGGACCCUGAAAUCCUGAACUCUCUACGAUCCCCGAAGCCGCCGCCGCCGCCGCCGCCACCGGCCGCCUGCUCAGGUGACUGGAUUCGGUCCUUCCCCCCCCGAAGCCACCGCUGCCGAGCCUUCAACCUCCUCACGCCGCCGUCCCGUCUACCGGGUCCCGCCGCCGAGCCCACGGACGCCUCCCCGCACAGGAAGCCGCCCCCUAAGCCCCGUACCGACGGCAAGGAGUGUCGCCACAACCGCUGUCAACUACGGCAUUACACAUCUCGCGGUUCACAAAUCUCAAAAGGAAACCGCGGGGGGCAUGGCCAUGGCCGUGGCGGAGGCACGUCUCCGGCAGGAGAAGGUGAAGAAGUUCGAAGAUUUCGUGGACCGACGCCUCAAGCCUGACCUUGUGAACGCCAUAGCCCAGCGCGAUAACUUGUUCCAGCAGCAGAAGACUUUCUUGGAUUUGAAGAAGAACAUCGAAAAUUUGGAAAAGAAUGGUGUAACGAGCAUGCGCUCCAUGGUCAAUCUUGGCUCAGAGGUGUACAUGCAAGCAGAAGUGCCGGACACGAGGCACAUUUUUGUGGAUAUCGGUCUAGGUUUUCAUGUGGAAUUUACUUGGCAAGAGGCUCUGCAGUUUAUAUCUGUACGAGAAGCAAGGUUGGCCAGACAAAUAGACGAGUACACACACCUCAUAGCGAGCAUAAAGGCACAGAUCAAGAUGGUAUGUGAAGGUAUCCGUGAACUCCUGCAAUUACCAGCGGAGUGAGCUAGGUAUGUGAAGGUAUCCGUGAACUCCUGCAAUUACCAGCGGAGUGAGCUAGGUAUGUGAAGGUAUCCGUGAACUCCUGCAGUUACCAGCGGAGUGAGCUGCCGGAGAGACGCACCAAACUAGCGGCAGAGAGAGAUAUAUGUUUGGUAGGGGGACGCAUGUAUGUUGCAUGUAUGUUUUAAGAUUCUUACACGAAGGGUAUGACAAGAAUGCAGCUCCCAAAUCCCAAUGUUGACUAGGAGGCAAAUGAGAAUGCUGUGAUCAUUGAACUCGUGUUUAAAUUCUGGGACGUUUGUUGAAAAUCACAAGUGUCUUGACUUGA